AUGAAAAUAGCUGAGAUUUCUGCAUUUGUUGAAAAUGGAAAUAUUUUAGGUUGUACUUACUUGAAAUUAAAAGAUAAGGGUAUUGAAACCUUAGAGGAAUUAACUCAAAUUAAAAAUCUUAAAAGAUUAGAUUUAAGUAUAAAUAAUUUGGAUAGUCUUGAAAGUAUUAAGUAUUGUUGGAAUUUAACAGACUUAAAUGUUAGUCAUAAUAAAAUAACAACUUUUUCAUGCCUUUCAAACCUACAAAAUUUAACUGUUUUAAAUGUUAGUCAUAAUAAGUUAACAUCUUUAGAUUCUCUUUUAAAAUGCAAAAAUCUAUAUAAUUCAUUAAAAGUAUUAAUAGCAAAUAAUAACCAGAUUAAAUAUGUUCCUGAUCUAAGUGUUUUUAAAAAUCUGGAAACUAUUAUUUUAUCUAAUAAUAAUAUUAAGGAAGUAGUGGUUCCUAAUCAAUAUUAUAAUCAUUUAAAGAAAAUUAGCUUAUCACAUAAUAAUUUAAGAGAUUUUCCAUUUCAUUGUAAUUUUAAUAAUGUAUCAGAAUUACGUCUUAGUCAUAAUAAAUUACUUUCAAUUAAUCCAAAUAUUGAAUAUAUGGGGAACUUAAGAAUUCUAGAGAUUGGGAAUAAUUAUUUAAUUAAUUAUGAUAAUUUAUUAAAUCUUAUAAAAUUAAAAAGUUUAAGUAUUAUAAAUAAUCCAUGUUUUGAUGAUAAAAAGAGUAUUAAGGAACAAUUAGAAAAUCUUAAAAUACGUCUACCAAUGUUGGAGAUUUUAAAUGGAAAUUUAAUUUCUAGGGAAUUAAGACAAAGUAGUAAAAUUAAAUCUUUUAAUAAGAAGAAAAUAUUAGUAUCUAAAAAUUAA